AUGGUGCGCUCAGCAAAAGAGGCACUGGCACGCCUGGACCGGGGAGACUGGCACGAGCGGGUCGCCAAAUACUUGUUCGUGCAACACAUCACCCCUUAUGCGGCCACAGGGCGGAGUCCUGCUGAACUGCUUAUGGGCCGCUGCCUCAGGUCCCCGCUCGACCGGCUGCACCCGGACUUUGCCGUGGCCGAACCCCCAGGCUGUGCCAACGCGCCACGGUCAUUUGUUCCAGGAAACCAGGUCUUUGCCCGGAACUAUGUGGGGGACAUUCCUUGGGUGCCAGCCACAGGAGUGGGAGUCACUGGACCUCGCUCGUACCAGGUGGCACUCAAAGACGGACGCUUGUGGCGCCGGCACAUAGACCAGCUUAGGCGCAGGGGUGGGGACUUGGACACUACCGUGGUGCCCCCAACUGCCCUCGUGGCUCCGGAACAGACACUUACAGAUGGUGAGGCUCCACAUACACCUCUCUCGCAAACUGCCGGCGUGGAGCCGAACCAAGCUGCUUCAGAGGGCCUGCCAGACUUACCACAGACUCAGACCACUGCCGUGCCUGACAUUCCGCCAACUCCACUUGUGGAGGUUCCACCCACAGCAGCAGAUCCAGGGGACUGUUUCAACGCCACCUAG